AUGUCAGACUCUGGGGAGUACACCGUGGGCUGGAUCUGCGCGUUGCACCUGGAAUACUUCGUCGCCCGGACAGUCCUCGACGAAAAGUACGAGAAUUCGAGGCCAGUGUCGCCAAAUGAUACCAAUGUCUAUACGUUAGGCAGGAUUGGCACACAUAAAGUUGCCAUCACCGUCUUGACCGAUGCUGAAUUUGGAACAGCUUCCGCAGCCAUUGUAGCGGCAAACAUGCUGCGUACUUUUCACAACAUCAAAAUUGGCCUCAUGGUUGGCAUCGCCGGAGGUCUACCAAGUAGAAACCAUGAUAUUCGUCUGGGCGAUGUUGUGGUCAAUGCUCUUUAUGAUGGCGAGGGCAAUUUUAUACAACACGAUUUUAAAAUAUCGUUACUAGGUCGUAUCUUUCAGCAUACGCGGUCCUUGAACCACCUACAUCCUAUGCUUUUCACUGCGAUCACGAGACUUCAAGCAAAGUAUGAAAGAAACGCGAAUCAACUCGAGGCAACCACUAAUCGCAUUCUGGACGAGAACAUUUGGCUACGAGAUAAGUAUAGACGACCACCACCGAGCACGGAUAGGCUGUUCAAAGCUGAAGUGAUUCAUGACUUGGAAUGCCGUGACGAAUCAUGUAUAGAAGAUCCAUCGAAAUUAGUACCCCGAGAUGAACGGGAUGACUCGGAAGAUAAGAUUGCUGUUCAUUAUGGUCAGGUUGCUUCUGCUGACCAGUUGGUGAAAAAUGCGUUCAUUCGAGACAGACUGGCAGCAAAGGCCGAUAUUCUCUGUUUUGGAAGGGAAGCUCCCGAGUUGAUGAGUUUCUUACCCUGUUUGGUGAUCCAGGGCAUCUGCGAUUACUCGGACUCACACCAAAACAGAACAUGGCAGGGGUAUGCUGCAAUGACCGCAGCAGCGUAUGCCAAGGAUCUCCUAUGCCAAAUUACAACUCAAGAGGUUGAGAAAGAAAGAAGAACUCUAGAAAUUCCUGGACCACCAAUUGGACGAGUGGGCAAGACCACAGACCGCAUUGACGAUAAAUCUUCGAUGCUGGAGGAGCCCCAGGAUUAUAUUGGCCGAACAAGAAAACGACACCCGCGGCGGAUCGAAGAAUUUCUCGAGAGUGCGGCAUUUGAAGACAUCCUGUACGGAAGAAUGACAAGGAAUAAAGAUACGGAGCGGUUGUUAAACACGAUUCUCACAGCAGAACAACCUCUCACACUCUCUGGACUGGAUCUAAAGCUAGCACUCCGAAAGAAUACGAAGUUUCUCACCGACGGGAGGCUUCAGCCCAUUACCGAGAGGAAGCAGUGGAUGAUUCAUUCUCCCAUAAUGGCCACACGGAAUAUAUCCCGUCUGCAUGUGCAGAAUCUUCAGCACUUUUCACAAAUGUCUUAUUUUGACUCUUCAAAAAAGUCUGCAUGGUACCUAUUGCAACUAGCAGACAUAUUGGAUGCAUCGGAGCCCCACAGAAAGGUUCUUAGCACAGCUGGGCUGUACAUGCUACGAGGCUUGAACGACCCGCCACCAACAUACCGGAAUCGAAGGUUACAGACAGUCACUAGCGCAAAAGAGGAUCUCAAGAAAGCGCUGAGUAUAGAAACAUCUCAUUCACUGAUUUCCAUGAAGAGAUUGAUAUCCGAAUGCUUGAAGCAGGGCCGAAUGAAACGUGCCGAAAAGCUCCAGGUGCAAAUUUUGACGAUGCAUAGAAAGGCCGCUGGAGAGGAUCAUCCCAGCACGCUACGCAGUAUGAGUUUGCUAGUGGCAAUAUACCAAGCUCGAGGUCGAUGGGAUGAUGCGGAGGCUUUGAACACCCAAGUACUGGUGAUUCUCAUGCGGUUGCUUGGCAUAAAGCAUCUAUACACGCUCAGUAGCAUGAGUAACCUAGCAAUUGCGCGCCUGUAUCAAGGGCAAUUGAAAGAUGCCGAGGUACUAGCCGUACAAGUACUGGACACUCUGAUGGCUUCUUUCGGAGAAGGUCACCCCUACACGCUACGCAGCCUGGGAAACCUCGCGUCAAUGUACCGAAAUAUGGACCGGGUUGAACAAGCUGAGGCACUACACGUGUUGCAAAAACGGUUUGAAAACACCAAGGUGCUACCCCACAAUCAUGGAGCUCUCUUUGAUUCUGCUCUACAAGUUCCUUUUACUCUGGAGCCUCCUCUGGAUUGUGGGGCAGAUCUAUAUGCUGAUUUCCAGGGCGGUGAUACGGAAGAUCUCGAUAAGUUGGCUUUCUCAUUGCAGAACCCUGGACAGGAAAGCACCGAAGAUACGUCGAACAUUCCACGUAGCUCAGCAGAUACCCCAAUCUCUAAUGACCACCAAGGCCUCCCACCAACAAGCAGCAAAGGAGGAGAGAUAUCCUCGGACAGCUCGACAACGAAAAAAACGCUUGAUGUUGCAUGUUCCAGUAAAACCCUUCAACCUAGUGACGGGCAAGCAAGAUUUUUAGCCCUCUGUGUCAACACAGGCACAAUCUAUAAGACCUUGGCAGAGAUUGAGACGUCUAACGUGAAAUCCGAUGCAGCUGCGUUCAGUAUGCUCAAGGACGAGUACCUCAAGAUACGAGGAAUGCGUUCACGUUUCAGAUUCCUGGUUGAGCCAAUAGACAUUGAGUUUGUACAAACAACUGCGAUGAAUAUGAGUUUUCGAGACUCCCUCAGCCGCGAAGGCCAAUGCCACCCGAUCUCUUCAUCCAUUAUCUCGGGCAUGGACCAGGAGACUUGA